GAUAAACUUUAUUGUUGUCUUAUUUUAAGAAAUUGCCACAGCCACCCCAACCUUUAGCAGCCACAGCCCUGAUCAGUCAGCAGCCAUCAACACUGAGGCAAGAUCCUCCACCAGCAAACAGAUUAGGACUUGUUUAAGGCUCAGAUGGUGGUUAACAUUUUUUAGCAAGGAAGUAUUUUUGAAUUAAGGCAUGUACAUUGUUUUUUAAAUGUAAUGUUAUUUCACACUUAAUAGAUUACAUUAUAAUGUAAAUAACACUUUUGUAUACACGGGGAAACCAAACAAUUUGUGUGACUCCCUUUAUUGCAAUACUGGCUUUAUCGUGGUCUAGAACAGAACCCUGAAACACCUCCAAGGUAUUCUUGUAUAGUCCUUCUCAAAGAAAAAUAAGCAAAACAGAGUCUUGUAAAGAAACAAGCAAAGGAAGGUUAUUUUAUUUUUUAAAGCAUAAUCAUUAUCUUUCCUGGUAAAUUUCUGCAUCCUCUUCCCAAACUGGGUGUUGUAUAGACAACACUGGGAAUCGCUGGGUUUCUUUUAUAGUAGGAGGACAAUAUUGGAGAUGCGAGAGCAGAGUUCCAUAAGGGUUUGGAAGGAGGAACUGAUGAUAAUUUUUUCGUGGUUGACUAAGUUUUUUAAAAAGCCACUUCCAAGGGCACAUCAACCAGUCAGAGUGAAUCCACUUGUUCCAGCAGGAGGUGGGAGGUGGAGGUGGGGGUGGAGCGUGGGGAGGAGCGACACUCACAGCCGGGAAUCGGUGCCUUUCAAGUGUCGCCCUGCGUCGCCCACGGCCUCCAGGCCUCCCUUGAGCCACACCAACUAAAUGCACCCCCCGCCCCGGCCAUCUGCGCCGCUUUGAUCACCGCCUACAUCGGACUGCUGGGGAUUCCUUAGCCAGGUCCGGCCAAGAGGGUUCCCAGGACUCGGCGCAAACUGCCCGCCUCCUCCCGCGUCUCCGCCCCUUGCCAGGGCCGCUGUGCGCCGACGGAGGCGAGGGUGCCGCCGCAGGAAAAUGAGUGGUGCCCGGAGCGUGGCCCGGAGCUGCAGCAACAUUCCCGCGACAGUGCCCUGCAACGACCGGUGGCGGCGGCUGCGGUGAGCGGGGUCCCUCGGCCGACGUCGAUGCCUCUGAAGAUGGAGAAGUUUCUUCAGAUCGCGCCUCACUCUCUGGCCAUCAUCUUGGGCCCGGCCGAAGGGUCAGCGGGAGAGAAGUCCAGGGCCGCCCAGCCUGCGCCCCCGACCCAGGCUCGGCAGCUUGCCCGGCACCACAUCGGCUAUGAGAUCUUCGCCGACUUCAAAGCCGAGAACAUGCAGCACUUCUGGAACAAGAAGGUCACGGCCGCGGUGGCCGAGACCUUCUUCCUGGGCUGGAUCGACGAGCAGGUCCUGCUGAUCCAGGGCAAGGAGGAGCAUCUGGAGGUGCUGCGCGAGGGCUGGACGCGCCGGGCGCUGCGGCCGCCCUCGGGCUUUUACAUCCGCUGCCUGGGUGAUGUAUCACCAAUCAGUAUGUCUCCCAUCAGUCAAUCUCAGUUUAUUCCACUCGGGGAAAUCCUGUGCUUGGCCAUCUCAGCAAUGAACUCGGCACGAAAACCUGUCACCCAAGAAGCACUGAUGGAGCACCUGACCACAUGUUUCCCAGGUGUUCCCACUCCAAGCCAAGAAAUUUUACGGCACACGCUGAACACGCUGGUACGGGAGAGGAAAAUCUACCCCACUCCAGAUGGCUAUUUCAUCGUGACCCCACAGACUUAUUUCAUAACUCCUUCUCUCAUAAGAACUAACAGUAAAUGGUACCAUUUGGACGAGAGGAUACCUGACAGGUCUCAGUGUACCUCUCCGCAACCCGGAACCAUAACGCCCUCUGCCUCAGGCUGCGUCAGGGAAAGGACAUUGCCCAGAAACCACUGCGACUCUUGCCACUGCUGCAGAGAAGACAUGCACAGCAUGCAUGCAUCAACUCUGCAGAGGAAACCUGCCAGGGACUGCAAAGACCCUUAUUGCCCUCCUUCCCUCUGCCAGGUGCCACCCACUGAAAAGAGUAAAAGUACUGUAAAUUUUUCUUAUAAGACAGAAACUCUCUCGAAGCCUAAAGAUAGUGAAAAGCAGUCUAAAAAAUUUGGGCUCAAGUUAUUCCGGCUAAGUUUUAAAAAAGACAAGACCAAACAGCUAGCCAAUUUCUCUGCCCAGUUUCCUCCUGAAGAGUGGCCCCUGCGAGACGAGGACACGCCAACUACUAUCCCUCGGGAAGUGGAAAUGGAAAUCAUUAGGCGUAUUAAUCCAGACUUGACCGUGGAAAAUGUCAUGAGGCACACUGCACUAAUGAAGAAGCUGGAAGAAGAAAAAGCACACAGGAGUAAAGCCGGGUCCUCUGCCCGUCACAGCGGAAGAAGUAAAAAGAGCAGGACUCAUCGAAAGUCCCACGGGAAGUCUCGAUCACACAGCAAGACACGGGUGUCAAAAGGAGACCCAUCAGAUGGUUCCCAUCUGGAUAUCCUGGGUGACAGAGAGUACGACUUUUGCGACCCUCUCACCAGGGCCCCCAGGGAGGGCUGCUUCAUCAUUGAACACAAAGGGGAGAAUUUCAUCAUGCAUAGCAACACGAACGUGAUCGAGCCUCAUUUCCCUAUGACGCCAGAAUGGGAUGUGUCGGGGGAACUGGCCAAAAGGAGAACUGAGAUGCCUUUUCCCGAACCUUCCAGGGGGAGCUCCCACUCAAAAGUACACCGAAGCCACAGCCAUACCCAGGACCGACGGUCCAGGAAUGAGAGGUCUAACAAAGCCAAGGAGAGAUCCAGGUCCAUGGACAACUCCAAAGGCCCUCUGGGUGCUUCCUCUCUGGGGACGCCUGAUGACCUGGCUGAAGGCUGUAGCCAGGAUGACCAAACCCCCAGCCAGUCCUACAUUGACGACAGUACGUUAAGGCCCACACAGACGGCCAGUCAUCAAAGGGCUCACAUUUUGUCCACAGGCUAUAAAGAGGUGUGUAUUCCAGAAAUAGUCAGUGGCAGCAAGGAACCUUCCAGUGCUUGUAGCCUCUUGGAGCCAGGCAAACCCCCCGAGAGUUUGCCAUCCUAUGGUGAACUCAACUCUUGUCCAACAAAAACAGCUACGGAUGACUAUUUCCAGUGCAACACCUCCAGUGAGACGGUGCUCACAGCGCCAUCCCCUCUGGGCAAGAAUAAAGAGGACCAUGACACUCUGACCCUGGCAGAAGGGGUGAAAAAGCUGCCUCUGUCCGAUAGGCAGGCCCCGCAUUCCUCUAGGGAACCCGUAGGGCACAAGGAGGAGUCACCAAAAGGGCCAGGUGGGGGCCCAGCUGCUGCGGGUGCAGCAGCUGAAGGGAUUGCCAAUGGACGCCUCAUCCAGCACCACAGCGCCGAGCCCAGCAGCCUGGACAAGAGGAAAGAGAUAUUCAGCAAAGACACACUGUUCAAACCUCUUCACAGCACCUUGUCUGUAAACAGCUAUCAUAAAUCCAGCCUGUCCCUCCUCAAAUCUCACCCGAAGACACCUGCCGACACACUGCCAGGCCGAUGCGAGAAACUGGAGCCGUCCCUGGGGACGUCAGCGGCACAAGCCAUGCCAGCUCUCCAGCGUCAGCAGGAGUCAGGGGGAAACCAAGAAGCCUCUUUUGACUAUUACAAUGUCUCUGAUGACGAUGACUCUGAGGAAGGGGCAAACAAAAACGCCGAGGAGGAGAAAAACAGAGAUGACGUAGGCACCAUGCAGUGGCUCCUCGAGAGGGAGAAGGAAAGAGACUUGCAGAGGAAAUUUGAGAAGAACCUCACCCUCCUUGCCCCAAAAGAAACUGACAGCAGCAGCCACCCGAGAACCACCCAUUCGGCACGCCUCGACAGUAUGGACAGCAGCAGCAUCACUGUGGACAGUGGAUUCAACUCCCCACGGAAUUGAAACAAAAGUUUCUGCAGCUGUAGAGAUCACCAAUCUGGACUGCACUCGGGAGAGCCUGGCUUCCAACACGUCAAGCAUCGUUGAAAGUAACCGCCGUCAGAACCCUACCUUGAGCCCGGCCCAUGGUGGAGCUGGCCCGGCCUUCAACUUCCGAGCAAGUACGGACCCCCCAACAAACGAAGCUGAGAAAUUACAGAAACCUUCCAACUGCUUGCAAGCUUCUGUUACUAGUGUGUGAUAGUCGUUCUGCCUCAGAUCUCCUGUCUCAUUCGAUACAGCCAAGUUUACGACACUGGGACUGAUGUUUACAUCUUUGGAAAGACAAGCAUCUCAACCACAGUUUUUGUGUUUACUUAAACUGUGCUGCUAAGUAGGCUAGAGCAAAACACAAAAAUCUUUCUUUCAGAGUAUUGCUUUUCACAUUUAUGGCUCUGUAGCAACAGAAUAGCAGUAGGGGUGAUAUGUGCACUUUUGCUUCACUAAUCGUAACUGAGCACACACAGGGAAGUCUACACACUGUAAGUGUAAUACGCAUUUUCAAUGUCAUGCAGUUGCCAGUUCCAGUUUUAAAUGCCACAGAUGCGUGUUGCUCCCAGUCUGUGGGCAGAUGGUGCCACAGAACUGAUCCUUGACACUUCCAAAAAAUAAAAAAUAAAUAAAAAAAUAAGCCACCACAAAAUGUCAAGUGCAAGGGCCCACCUUGAGGGAAAUUAAUGCCAAACUGACGAGAAGGGACCCCAGCCUUUUGUGUGUGAAUUGUUUAUGCACCCGUCAUUUUUCACUGUGAGUUUUCGUGAUGCAGCUUUGCAGGAGCCCAUGGAAGUGUGUCAGAAGGGGUCAUGAUUGAAAUACUGGGAGUGUUUCUUUUCAGGAUUUUGUUUUUAGGUGUAACAGAUGCUUGUCUGAUUUUUAACCUUCCAUAAUCACAAACAGGAAUAUAGGCCUUUGAAUCUGGAGUGGAAAUAAAAGGAAGGGGGUCCCCAGCCUGGCUGGGGCACAGCACUGAGUGAUGGGAGGUAAUGUGGACUUUUAAAAGGUGUUAAGUCAGAUAUGUAAGGAAGAUCAUUUCCUCUUUGGGAUACUUAUGGCGAUCCUAUCUUAAUAUAAUAGAUAUGAUAAUUAGUUUGUUUAAAAGCAAAAUGUUCUUUGUGAUACAAAUGAAGAGUAUGGCCUGAGGAUGUUAUUCUUUCUAAUGGAAGGACAUAAAUCUAUUUUAUGUAGUUUUAAAUAGAAUGCCUAAAUUAGGCUGUGGGAGAUAAUUUUUAGUGGUUAUAAGAAAGAGCAAAUUUAGGGAGAGUUGAACUUCAGGCCUUUUAUUCCUGGGAAGAUAUCUAUAGAAAAAAACUUCAAAAUAACUUUUGAUCGGAAAUAGACAUGUACCCAUGUAAUUAACAACAGAAUGUGCUCAUUCUGCAAGUGUGGUAUAAUUCCAACUUGUACUCCCCUAAAAUUUACCAGAAUAACAAUUAUGCAUUCAUGAACUAUGCCAGAGUAAUGUUUACAGAUACUUUGUAACCAAUUUCAGGAGGCAUUUUAAGGUGGAUGUAUGGUUAUUAGCCCAACUUAUUUCAAAAUGGUUUAACAUUUGGCUUUGGUUUACAAUGACUUGUUGAAUACAAAGAAGCCGGUCAGCAGCAAAGGAAUUACAUAAUCAAGCUUCAACUUCUAGGAAAGAGACUUUUCAAAGUUCCCAUGUUUUAUUUUAUGAGAACAAUGGAAUAAAUCUGUAGAUAAUGGAAAAUUAUUUGCAAAAGGGUCGCAUAUGACACAGGUACAUGGUCUAACAAAAAGUUCUAUUUAGUUUAGUGGCAUGUGAUGUUUGGAGCCAUAAACCAUAAAUAUAUAUAUAUAUAUAUCCAAAAAUAAAUCUAAAAUAUUUUCUCAGAUUUAAAUCAGUGACAUAAAAUUUGUCAAACACUUCUGCUUCAGUAUUAAGUUUGAUCACUAGCAGUCUGUUUAAAGAAUGCAGUCAUAUAUGUGGCUGGACCGAUUCUUGAAACUUUUGGGUGCUUCCUUAUGCUUUUUCAGAUAUUUGGAAGUUGCAUUGGGAACUGAACUCUUCAAGUUUAGUAUAGAUUCCUUUUUUGUGCUUAGAGUGAAACAUAAGCACCUUUCUUGGUAAACUCCCACACCACUAAAAUGCUUAAGUCAAUUGGCUUUCAGUGUCAUGCCUUAUUUCCUCUAAGGCAUGCCUUGAUUGCUCAGAAAUGCACUAUUUGUCUCAUUGCUUAAAAAUACGUCCAGAAGGAAUGGUAAUGUGUCUAAUAGACUAAUACGGAGUCUGUUUCCUUGGGGAGUUGUAUACCAUACGGUCACUAAAUUCUUAUAUCUAAAUUCAUUUUUUUUUCCAAAAACCUCUCAGACGUUUAUCAUACUAUCAAUUCAUAAAUAAUAUAACCAUUGAAACAAUACAUCAGCCUCUAGUUGAUCCUCUGAAAGUAGCCAUUAUAAUAAUCAAGUGCUGUGUGACCAGGAAAGGAAAGCAUUACCGUUAGCAGCUUUAAAAUAUGAAUUUAUCGAUAUUUCACAAGAACUAGGUUUACAGAAGACAUUUAAAUAAAAUGUGUACACUAUUUGCCUGAUGCUGUGGGGUACAUGAUCUAAAAAAAGAACUCCCUUAGACCAGCAGCCAUUAGCGUAGAAAUGAUGGACUUUAAAGACGAUACAACUUAAGCAGACGUUCCCUGUAGAAAUAUCCCCGUAUGAAUCCAUUCGGGAUUCCUGAAUGGGGGAGGAAUGGUGGCAGGAAGCACAUUACUGACAUGACCUAAGAUGGCCUACGGUGAGGUUCUCAGUGACCAAACUCUCAGGCUGCUCCAAGCUUUGCCAACAUUCUUUUCCUCCAAUGAAAUGAUAGCUUUGUGUUACACGGCUGCUUAUCUAGUCUUCACUUAGUUUAUCAACUGAAAGGUUUACAAAUCUGAAAUCUGGUUGAAUCUCUGUGUAGCAUUCAACUUUAAAGGGUCAACCCAUCUGUCGGCAUUUUGCACACUUAUGUAUUAUUAUGAUACAGCAUAUUACUUUAUGGUAAUUUUUAUUUUUACAUAUAACUACCUCCAUAAAUUUGAUGAAGCGGCAGCAGUGCGUCCAAGUGUAUUGUUCAGAAAAGCAGAGUUUAAAACUUAUCAUUGGGCCAUGGCGUUGUGUAUGUGUGUCAGUGAUUGCCUAUGUGGACUCAUGACUUUUUCAUUGCCAUGGUUUUCUUUUACGGCAUCAUUUCACUUUCAGAUGUAAACCUGUCUCUCCUUUCUUCCCCACAGAAGCGCACUUGAUUUUGUUAUGAAUGAUAGGAAGUUUAAAUUUCUUGUCUCCCCAGCCCCCAAUUCCUGCUAGAAAUUGCCCCCUGGUGAAGAGCCAGUUGGUAAACAUAAUUUAGCAAGCUAUUUACUUCUGUAAAAAUCUGAUUUAAAUUCUAGGUUUUCAGUUACAGAAGACACAAGAAAUUUGGACUGCCAACUUGAAGCACUCUGGUCCUCUGCCUUCACUCGCAUAUGCUACCAUAUCCAGCCCAAACUUCAUUUGAAUGAAAAGAGCUGUGCUGUGUAUUCAUGACUUCUGUUAAAUAGUUCAUAUUCCAUUUUUAUAUAUUUUGCACAUCUCAGGGGACCUUAAUGAGCAUACGAAAAGGGGAGGGGGUGCCAUCAAAUAGGGAAAACAAAUAGAAGAACUGAAAGGGGAUGAACUGGAUAAAAAUAACAAAUGACUGCUUCUCUGAUGUCGUGAAGCUCAAGUUCAGGAAGCAUAAAUUGAAAGUUAAUCUGGAGUAACGAUGAUCUAAACACCAGCUGUUCCCAAAUCUCCCUUUUUCAUAACCCAACCAGCAUUUAUAAAAUGUAAAUUUAAAUUAUAUUGCAGUCACCUUGGGGAGGAAAAAAAAACCUCUCCAAUAAAAUGAAAGUGUUGUUCCUUUUUUAGGUUAGCACAGCUUUGUAAAAUUCUACCGAGGAUAAACCACUUAUCACCACAAAGUGUACUUGAAAAUAAAGUUUUUAACAAAUUAUAGGCAUAUUGCUCACAAUACAGUAGUGAUCAUAUUUUGAAAAGUCUCAUCAUUUAUAACCUGGGCAGUAUUUGGAGCUUGAUUAAAAAUCAACAACAACCUAUAAUGACUUUGCAAAUUCAUUUUGGGAUCUCAAAGUGCUUCCAAAGCAUUCAGAUUCACAAGUAAUUAACCAAGCAGGUCAUAUUUGUAAUACCCAUACUUGAAACGAAUAAACAGAAGGAGUGACUUAAGAUUACCGAGAAACACAGUGGCAGCUAUCAAUGAUCUGUUUUCUAUCUGUUUGAUAGACCAUCAUGAGAAAUCACUCAAUACAAUGCUAUUUUUCUGAUGUGUGCUAAUAAAGUCAAAGAAAACAAAUACGACUUUA